AACACCGCUGCCCACAAACAUACAGCAGCGGCGAACAUGAGACUCCCGAUGACUUGAGUACCAGCUCAAGAUUUCCACAAGGAAAAACUCUUUAAAUCAACGCACACUCCUCGGACUGUCUUUUUUUUUUCAAGGCUCUAUACCAUUCGCUAUUGCUGAAUGAAGAAGUGAUUCAUCUGUGAUCUCAGUCAUGGCUGUCCAGACUGGCAUCCAGGUAUGGUUCGGCGAGAAAUUUGAUGCCCCGUUGCUGAGCCCCAGAAGCCCUCGCAGCCCAUUAGCACAGCGACAUGGUCCCGGUCUCACAGACGUUUUCCAGUAUGACCAGUGGCUUGCAGUGCGACAUGAGGCCACCCUGGUGCCCAUGCAGGAGGACCUGGCCAUCUGGCUCACCAGCAUGCUGGGAGAGGAGGUGAGAGCAGAGUUUUUCAUGGAGGAGCUGAAUAACGGCGUAAAGCUCUGUGAACUCAUCGGUGUGCUGCAGACUAAGAUCGCCCAGAGCUGCCCCUCCGCGCUCUGCAAGCUGUUUCCCACGAGGAAGGUUGCUUGUAAGCGGGACGCAUCUCCAGGUUCCUUCUUUGCUCGUGACAACACAGCCAACUUCCUGGCCUGGUGUCGCCGCAUCGGUGUGGAGGAGACAUACCUGUUCGAGUCAGAGGGCCUUGUGCUGCACAAGGAACCUCGGCAGGUUUGUCUCUGUCUGCUGGAGAUUGGUCGCAUCGUCUCCAAGUACGGCGUGGAGCCUCCUGUGCUGGUGAAGCUGGAGAAGGAGAUCGAGUUGGAGGAGACUCUGCUGAUGACAGAGGAGCCGCCCCCGGCAGUCAAAACCUUCAGCGUGUGCUGCCAGCAUGGCGGCCUGUACCAGCCUGGGGAGCACGGCAUGGAUGACCCACCCUGCAACUGCUCCAACAGGGUUUCCAUUGAGUACCUGUCUGAGGGACGCUACAGACUGGGAGACAAGACACUCUUUAUUCGGAUGCUUCAUGGUAAACAUGUGAUGGUGCGUGUCGGUGGCGGCUGGGACACACUGCGUGGCUUCCUGAUGAAAUACGACCCCCUGCGAGUGUUGCAGUUCACCACUCUGGAGCAGAAGAUCCUGGCCUUUCAGAAAGGCACCCCUGCGCUAGGUGGUCACCAUGGCAAUGCACCUCCACCCCCUCCUCCUGACAUGGACCCCCUCACCGCUGUCAACAACCUCAUGUCCUCUGUAUCCUCCUCUUCCUCUUCCACUUCGUCGUCUUCCUCUUCCUCAGGCUCGGCCAGCAAGCCGACGUCCGUGCCUGCUGCAGGUCAGACGUGUCGAUCCCACGCCGCCUCCCCGGUCUGCACGCCCACAUUGCCUAGAAAAUGUUCUGCUGCGCCGCCCAAGAAGAAUCUCCAGGGGACGCCGUCUUCUCCGAGGAAGCCCACCCAGCUGCCUCUGCCCAUCACCACCAAAGGUUCCUCCUCUCUGCCCUCCACACCUGUGGGAAGCUCCUCCAAACUGUCUCCCAGCCCGGGGUGUCAAGGUGUGCAGGUCCAUCGCAGAGCUCUGACUCCAUCUUCAGCUCCAUCACCUCCCCCUGCACAUCCAAGCCCCACGUCCAAACUGAAGCUCAAACCGUCACCACGCGGCCCCACCUCUCAGCCCAGGAGCCCCGUCUGCCCUGAACCGUCUUCCAAAUGCCCCAAACCCUCCAGUCCCUGCAUCUCCCCCACCACUGCCUCUGUGCCUCGCCCCAUCACUGCACCAGCACGGGCACCUGCCCCCAAAGAUGCCCGGCCCCCAUCAGGUGCCAGUCAGCGCUCUCGCCUUGCACAACGCCGACCCGGCUCCCCAGCCUCGCGCCUCCGUCUAGAGGCGGCCAGGCGGGUGCGGACCGCCACAAAAGCCGCAGUGAUGACAACGCCCCAAUCCCGAACGCCAACCCCCAGCUCACGGACUGCUUCUCCGGUGCUGCCAAAACCCGUCUGCUCCCUGCCGAAGAGCAAAGAGGUCGCAGCCACAGUCACAGCCAAAGCCAAGGGACCAGCCCCAACCAAGGCGGCUGCUGCCCCUCCCCGCAGUACUGCUGCUGUCCCCGGGCAGGUCCCAGGGGGAAACACAGGUCCUUCUCCUGCCAACAAAGCCAAUCAGAAAACACCAGCCACAGCACAGAGGGCGGUGCGAAAGCAAGCCGCCACCACUAAGCCCAUCAACUGCAAGUCAACUCUAAAACCUGAACCGACUCCAGGAGUUCUGGCUCCGCAGAAGACCAGUCCCAACGUCAAAGCUGUCAAGACCGAGGCCAGUGUCAGCAAGAAGAUCCCGCAAUGCAAAGGCAAAAGUGGGGACCCUUAUUUUGAAAUGAACAGUCGGCGGAGGCAGAAGACGUAACGGGGCGACCUCUGAGCACUUCGCCAAAGCCAGCAGGCUGGUCACACAUACCGUAGCUUACUACAAACCAGAACUUGCUGGAGCUCAGGCUCUUCGUCACUAAUCUGCACCAAGAAGCUUCUCUUUUUUUUGGACUAUUUUGUUCGUCUUCUGAUGUAUUUUUGUUAGUUGGUUUUUGUAUGUUAUUUAAUAGUCUUUUAUUUUAAUUUUUUUAAUUUUAAAAUCCAUAAGGUUCAAAGAUGUCACGCUUUGUAUAUCUUGUCUCUGUGGUGACUUAAUGGUCUUUUUUUUUGAGACGUCAGCUCCACGUACCUGGUCAACACUAAAACUUGCACAAUGUUUACAUUUUCACCUUCGUUAUGCGUACAGAUGUUACAAAUCAUUUGUGUCAGCUGAUUUUUAAAGAACUAAGGAUAGAAUUUUAAAAUAGAAAAACCAUGUUGAAACACUAACCUCAAAGCUAUAUAUAAAAUAGCUUAUUACUAUUGUUUUUUUGUUUUUUUUUAGCUCAACACAACAACACAGGACACAGCCAUGAUUUAGUAAAAUGCACUUAUGUGAACAUCUGCAGGCAAAUUGUUUUUAUUCAAGGAAAAGCAGCUUCUGAGGCCUGUUUUCUCUGACGGCUUACCAAAGUUGUGAAAUUUCUGGAGUUCAGUGACACAGCUGGAACACAAGUGAUGGUUUCUGAUUAAUCUUUCUACCCAGUGAGAACAUAAUUUCCAUUGGUGGACUUUCAGAUUUGACAGUCAGAUUUUUUUUUGUUUGUUUGUUUUGUUUUUUGUAUCAAUGAUCUCUUAGGUGGAAGGUUUGUGUUGAUGGCACCAGACAAAGCGCCAUCAGGAUCAGACCUUCCUGUCUUGUGCCUUCAUCAGAAAUCUCUUGUUUCUGAGCGGCAGUAGAAUGUAUUAGAUGACUGGGGGUUGGGUCGGCAGGGGGUUAAUGGUUUUUACUGAUGAAAAUUGCACAGUGUGUACGAGCACUCAUGACUUUGGUUUCUGAGAGAAAGGCCAGAGUCUCAGAUGAACUACUGAUCAAACGCCUCCUUUCUUUUCGACAGGAAACACUCGAGGCCCUCCAGCGGCCAAAAUCAUUUUAGAGCAGAAUCUACUUGGUAUAGACUUUGUUUUUAUAUGGAUUCUAACUUUUGUGUGUGUUUUAAAAAUCUAGUUUUCUAUGUGGUGUUUGUGACGAUGUGCGUGUGUGUGUUUAUUAUCAGUGAGGCUUUUUUCUUGUUUGGCACUUUACAGAAAUCGUGUUUGUCAGAAUUUGAAUGUCGAUCCUGUCGAUUGUGUCUCUUGUUCCAGCUACCUUUUUUUUUGUUGUUUCGAUUAAUAAAUGGACAAGUGUUUUAAAGGUG